AUGAAGUUUUCCUUGCGUUUCUGGUUCCUCUCCACGGCGUUCCUGCUUGUCUUCAUCAUGUCACUGCUCUUCACCUAUUCCCACCACAGCAUAGCCUACCUGGACCUCGGUGGACUAAACGGGCUCCACCGGGUGAAGCUGGUGCCGAGUUACGCUGGCAUGCAGCGCCUGAGCAAGGAGGGGCUCUUGGUGAAGAGCUGUGCCUGCCACCGGUGCACCAUGGAGUCCAGCGACACCGCAUGGUUCGACAGCCGCUUUGAUGGCAACAUCUCCCCAGUGUGGACCAAAGAGAACGUGGACUUGCCGUUGGACGUCCAGAGGUGGUGGAUGAUGCUGCAGCCCCAGUUCAAGUCCCACAACCUUCACGAAGUGCUGAGCAAGCUCUUCCAGAUUGUUCCCGGAGAGGAUCCAUACAGGUCCCAGGAAUCUCCGUUCUGCCGGCGCUGUGCUGUCGUGGGCAACUCCGGGAACUUGCGCGGCUCCAGCUACGGCCAAGACAUCAACGGGCACGACUUUGUCAUGAGAAUAAAUCAGGCACCUACAGUGGGCUUUGAGGCAGAUGUUGGGAGCAGGACAACCCACCACUUCAUGUACCCCGAGAGUGCCAAGAACUUGCCUGCCAAUGUCAGUUUUGUUCUGGUGCCCUUCAAAGCUUUGGACCUGCUAUGGAUCGCCAGCGCCCUCUCAACAGGCCAGAUCCGAUUUACUUACGCACCAGUGAAGCCAUUCCUCCGGGUGGACAAAGAGAGGGUUCAGAUCUACAAUCCAGCAUUCUUCAAAUAUAUCCAUGACCGGUGGACAGAGCACCAUGGCCGCUAUCCCUCCACAGGCAUGUUGGUGCUGUUUUUCGCCCUACAUGUUUGCGAUGAGGUGAACGUCUUUGGGUUCGGGGCAGACGGCCACGGCAACUGGCAUCACUACUGGGAGAACAACCGCUAUGCUGGGGAGUUCCGGAAAACCGGAGUGCACGAUGCAGACUUUGAGGCCCACAUUGUGGACAUCCUGGAGAAGACGAACAAGAUCAGCGUUUAUCGUGGCAACUGAGGUUUCCAGCUGGCAGUC